AUGUCAAACGAGCAACAAAGGAAGGAAGUGAUUGAUCGUGCUUUUAACGCCAUCAAAUAUGGUGAUUUGAAUAAAUUACGAGGAAUGGAUUUGCGUCCGAUUAUUAAUGAAAAGAACAAUCGUAGAACUAUGUUACACAAUGCAUGUUGGAAAGGGCAUUUGGAAAUUGUGAAAUUAUUGUUGAAUGUGGAUGGAAUUGAUGUCAGGACUCCAUUAUACAUUGCAUGUGAGAAAGGACAAUUGGAAAUUGUGAAACUUCUUCUUGCCCGCAAUGAUAUUCAAAUUGAUGAGCCUGCUCAACAAGUUGCGCAAGAAAAAAACAUUAAUUUACAACAACUCCAAACAGAAGACGAAUGGAAACGACGAAACAAAGAACUUGAAGAACGAGUGAAAAUUCUUGAAAUGAAACUCUCACAACAAGAAAUGGAACACAAUCAAGAGAACUUGCAAUUGAUCAAACAAUUAUCUGAACAAGAAUUGACAACAAACGAAUUGUUCGAUCAAAUUUCACAAUAUCAACAAGUGAUUACUCAAUUUAAAUCAGAUCCCGAGUACAAACAUUAUUUAGACAUCGAUUUAUUCAUUCACUGUCUCAAAAGUGAAAUUAAGAACGAUCCAUUAUCAAACUGUCACAUUCCUUUAGAUAUUCAAGCCAAAAGAAAAAUUGACAAACUCGAAAAAGAAUUGAAAGAAUGUGAACAAGAUCUAUUCAAAUCGAUUCUCAAUGAUCAACAAUGUUUGAACAGCUCUCAAUGUGAGUCUAUUGCAGAUUUGAAUUCUCGUGUGAAUGAACUCACUCAAAAGAGAAACAAUCUCAGAAAUGAAUUACUUGUAGAAUAUGAGAAUUACGAUCGUGUAUUGAACAAGAUGACCAUUCUUUCAAAGAAAAAGAAAUUCAUCAAGAUUUAUGAUGCAUCCAUGAAUGAAAUGACCGAAGAGGACAAGAUCUUCGCUCAUUCUCUGGAACAAUUAUCUGUUAAAUCUCGUUAUUUACAAGGUAUUGUUGGACAGAAGAAGGAAAUUGACAAGAUUUUGAACGAGUUCAAAGAUUUACAAGAAAAAAUUGAAAGUUGUGAAGUUGAUGUUGAUGAAAUCAAUAUUCAAUUGAUCAAAUUGAAGAAAAAGAAAAAGGCAGGAUCUAAUGCUCCAGAAAAAGAAACUAAACAGUUUGUUGAGAAAAAAGAAAAGUUAACCUCGCAAAUCCAUGGCUUUAAGCAAGAAUUGGAACAACUCAAAACUCAAUUGAUCAAUAUCCGGAAAAAGUACAAAAAGAUCAAGAUAUUGCACAAAGGUCUUUCUACUGCUUUUUUAAUGGAAAAGGACAAUCAACAAGUGGUUCUGAAAGAAAUUGGAUUUGAUUCACAAAGUUAUGAUUUUAUCAUUAAUGAAAUUACGAAUAUUAUCAGAUUAGGUGAAUGUGAUCGAAUUGUGAAGGUGAAUGGUGUGUUUGUGGAGAGUGAAACACAUCAUGCUUAUGUUGAAAUGCCUUAUUACAAUGGAAAUUUGAGAAAUUAUAUCAUGACUAUGAAAAGUAAUCAACCACAUGAACGUAGAGAAACAAGGAGAAGACUCAUGAGAAGCAUUGUUGAAACUAUUUAUUACAUGCACUCGAAAGACAUUAUUCAUCGUGAUUUGAAGAGUGACAACAUUUUGGUUGACAAGAAUGGAAAUGCUGUCAUUGCUAAUUUUGGAAGUAGCAAGAAACUUCAUGCACUCCUCACCAAUAGACAUACAAGAGGUGUUGGAACCAUGUUAUAUAUGGCUCCUGAAGUUCUCAACAUGUCACAAGCUCCAAAUGAAAAGUCUGACAUUUGGUCAUUGGGUGUGACCAUGUUAGAAUUGGUGAAAAUAAGGUUCAUUUACCAACUCCUGAGGAAGAUGAUGAACAUGGAAAAUUAUUGA